AUGCAGUUCCUCACACUGACCGCCGCUACGAGCUUCAUCGCAGCUGCCGCCGCAACGAGCUUCAUCGCCGCUGCCAGGGGCUCCGACCCAUCCACAGACCCACUUCCCUUCCGAUACACCCCCCAGACCUCAGAUUCGGCGACCAAUCCACAAAUCACACCACAAGAGGCGGAGUUGGGAAUAGGCGGUCGCGACAAAUCUUCCGCCGUUGGAGGCGCCGGAGACGAGAUGGCUUCUGGGAUGGGCCGAGCAAUUGGGGACGACCACCGGCCUGGUUCCGCCGCCGCUGAGGAAGGCCGAAAGGGGGAGAAUUAG